GCCAGGGUUGCGCAUUGCGCGACUAGACAUCACUAGUUAUAUAUAGGAAUAAAAAAAAAGGUACAAUAUUUAUUUUUCUCAUAAUUAAAAAUCCAAAAAUAUUACUUUACUUUCCUCAUAGUUUCGUUUAUCAAAUUAAGAAAGGAAAAAUUGUUUGAAAAUAGUCUCCACAUUUGCACAAUAAAAACCUCCCUCAUCAAACCCCUCAACUUUUCAUAUAAUUUCAAUCAUGUCCUUAGACGGCUCCUCCUCACUCAACGACUCACAGUUGCCGUCGACGCCAUCGUUUAACACCAACCGCGACUGGUUCUUCCCCUCCCAAUCUUUCGUUCCCUCCUCAAAACACUUCCCCAGAGCUCCCAUCCGCCGCUUCUCCUCUCCUUACCCCAAACGGAAAUCUCCGACGUCGCCGUUUCAAUCAUUCCAGAGCUCCCCUCCGCCUCCCUCCUCCUCCACCUCCGAUCAAAAUAUUCCCCCUAAUACUAUCAACAAUCAUGCCACUACUACCGCUCAUCAGCAAUAUCCCGCCGUACGACGCCGCUCCGCCUACUUCAGCUACCACAAUCAAUUGGGAAAUGAAGCGUCGACGAGCCGGAACGACGACGGUGUCUCCGCCGGUUCGUACAACGACAGUGCCGGCAGCGAUAUCGCCUCAGAGAGCAGCAAGAAUAAAACAAAACCGGUGCCGGCAGGGAAGACGGUGUUCGCCGGCGGUCUGCUCAGCUUCCCUUCUUCUUUGACCAUCCGUUGGCAGAUGGCAUUUACCAUGGCAGUUUUGGUGACCUUAUUUUCCUUGGUGCACAGAAAUUUUUCCUUACAUAAUGAGGUUCUUGAGUUACAGGACCAAGUUUCCAAGCUCAAUAACCAAUUACGGAUUUGUAGUUUGCUGGAUCCCAUAGAUGUUAUUGAUUCUACGCCUCAAGACAUUGAUAAUAUUACUAUUAGAAGCUUGAAAAGGACUGCUCUUGUAGCAUCACUGACAUUGUUAUCAAUUCCAUUUAUUUUUCUCAAGUAUGUCGAUUAUCUUUCAAAUUCAAGAAAAUCGUCAGACAGUGUUACAGAAGAAGUAUCUUUAAAUAAGCAGUUAGAAUACAAGGUGGAUUUCUUUUUGUCUGUCCAUCCUUAUGCUAAGCCGCUCGCCUUAUUAGUUGCAACGCUAUUACUGAUUUGUCUUGGGGGAGUAGCGCUUUUCGGGGUUACAGAUGAUAGCUUAGCAGACUGCCUAUGGCUAUCUUGGACUUAUGUGGCAGACUCUGGCAACCAUGCUAAUUCUGAAGGCCUUGGCCCUAGGUUAGUGUCGGUCUCCAUCAGCUUUGGUGGGAUGCUCAUAUUUGCCAUGAUGCUUGGACUGGUUUCAGAUGCAAUUUCUGAGAAGUUUGAUUCUCUGAGAAAAGGAAGAAGUGAAGUGGUCGAGCAAAACCACACUCUUAUCCUUGGUUGGAGUGACAAAUUGGGUUCUUUGCUGAAUCAACUUGCCAUAGCAAAUGAGAGUCUCGGUGGAGGAAUGGUUGUUGUAAUGGCUGAAAGAGACAAAGAAGAGAUGGAACUUGACAUUGCUAAAAUGGAAUUUGAUUUUAGAGGAACAUCUGUUAUAUGCAGAAGCGGGAGCCCUUUAAUUCUAGCUGACUUAAAAAAGGUAUCUGUCUCGAAGGCUCGUGCAAUAAUUGUCCUUGCAGAAGAUGGAAAUGCUGACCAGAGUGAUGCUCGUGCACUGAGGACUGUCUUAAGCUUAACAGGAGUCAAAGAAGGACUGAGGGGACACAUAGUUGUCGAACUGAGUGAUCUUGACAAUGAAGUCCUUGUUAAACUUGUUGGUGGGGAUCUUGUUGAAACUGUUGUGGCACAUGAUGUAAUUGGUCGGUUGAUGAUUCAAUGUGCUCGCCAGCCAGGCCUUGCUCAGAUAUGGGAAGACAUCCUUGGCUUUGAAAAUUGUGAGUUCUAUAUUAAAAGAUGGCCCCAGUUGGAUGGAAUGCCAUUUGAGGAUGUACUGAUUAGCUUUCCUGAUGCAAUCCCCUGUGGAGUGAAAUCAGCAUCAUAUGGGGGAAAAAUUAUUUUGAAUCCAGAUGACUCUUAUGUGCUACAAGAAGGAGAUGAAGUACUGGUGAUUGCCGAGGAUGAUGAUACAUAUGCUCCCGCAGAGUUACCCACGGUUCAAAAAGGAUACCUCCCUAAGGAAUCUGAUAUUCCAAAACAUGCUGAGCGGAUACUGUUUUGUGGUUGGCGGCGGGAUAUGGAAGAUAUGAUUAUGGUUUUGGAUGCCUUUUUAGCACCUGAAUCAGAGUUGUGGAUGUUCAAUGAAGUUCCAGAGACGGAGAGAGAGAAGAAGCUCAUAGAUGGUGGCCUUGACAUUAACAGGUUGGUCAACAUAGAGCUGGUGAACCGUGAAGGAAAUGCUGUUAUACGACGACACCUUGAAAGUCUUCCAUUAGAGUCAUUUGAUUCUAUCUUAAUUCUAGCUGAUGAAUCGGUAGAAGAUUCAGCAAUCCAGGCUGAUUCGAGAUCUCUUGCCACAUUACUUCUCAUUCGUGAUAUCCAGGCAAAACGGCUUCCUUAUAGGGAUGCUAUGAUUUCUCGAGAUCAUAGGAGUAGCUUCUCCCAAGGUUCCUGGAUGGGGGAAAUGCAACAGGCUUCAGAUAAAUCUGUCAUAAUUAGUGAAAUCCUUGACCCUAGAACUAAAAACUUGUUAUCCAUGUCAAAAAUUAGCGACUAUGUGUUAUCAAAUGAGCUUGUCAGCAUGGCACUGGCAAUGGUUGCAGAGGAUCGGCAAAUCAACAAUGUACUGGAAGAGCUGUUUGCAGAAGAGGGGAAUGAGAUGCAGAUAAGAGCAGCAGAGUUGUAUAUCCAAGAAGGUGAAGAAUUAAGUUUCUAUGAAAUACUCCUCCGAGCACGUCAUAGAAGAGAAAUAGUGAUUGGAUACCGUGUAGCGAAUACAGAAAGAGCUAUCAUCAACCCCCCAGUGAAACAUGAAAGGCGAAAAUGGUCCACAGGUGAUGUUCUUGUAGUAAUAGCUGAGAAAGAAUGAGAAAAGUCACCUAACAGGUUUGUGCUAGAAGAUCUUCCCUAAAACACAAUGGAUUUUAUAUAUUUGAAGUCUGAGAGACUCUAGAGAGGCAGUAGAAGAGUUCACUUAACAGGACACAUACCUUUAAUUGAUCACAAGGCCAUGUCGGUUUUUCAGCAAAAAGUGAGCUUUUAGUGCAACAUCAAAAUAGGACUGCCUUUUUUUUUUUUUUUAAAUUUUAUUUGUACAUGUAUAUAGGGUGAAAGUGGAGCUCAAGUGAUGUGGACAAUAGCAAAGACAUGUUUCAUGUGGUUAAAGAAUUGUCAUUAUACUAUUAUCCAAUUGUAAUUUUUAC